AAUGCUGGCAGACUCACUGAAUCCCCCCUACACACACAGAGCAGGCUUGGUAGCCCCACCUCUUUUCCCUCAUUACAACUUGGGGAGGCUGGGCUCUGGGAUGGGCUGACCCAUACCCAAGUUCUGACUCAGCUUCCUUCACUCUGCCCAGAAGACAGGCCAGCUAUGAUCUUGACACCUGGAGCAGAGUGGGUUUCAUCCUGAUGGUGUCAAGAGUAGAUGGUAGGCCCAUACUCUGCAGGCCAACACACAAGGAGUACCAGCUGGGAAUACUCUGGUCCGUCUUGUCUGGGGUUUUCCAAGGGCUGAGACAUAGCCUAGACCUUUUUGUCCACACAGCAAGUUAGGGUGUCUGCUAGGUGCUAAGGCUUUCUGACUUCAGCUGUUCCCCUGCAAUACCACAGAAUGAUCACUGAGGCACAACUGAGCUGCCUUGCCCUGGUAUGAGUUGGAGUAGAAGGAACUAGGUCUCCCCAUCUUGAAAAUUCUGUUCCUGGCAAAGUAAAAGGAACAAAAUCUCCAACCGUGAGCACAGAGAGUUGGCACUGGUGUGUUCUGAUUGAGGUUGAGGGCCCCUUGGCUCCCACUCAAACAGCCCGUUUGCUCAGCCCAACCUGGGCUCUCUGGCUUCCCAGGACCCCAGGAAAGAAGCAAGCCCAUCACCAUAAAAUAACAGGAUGUAAAGCCAGCUGGAAGGGACUAGAGAAGACUUGCCUACCUGUCAUUUUAGCAAUGAAGAUACACAGUUUGCCUGCAAGAAUUUCCAAUCCCCGACACACUACAAGUGUUUUUUGUUUUUUUUUUUUUUUUUUUUAAUAAAAAUGAGGUGCCUGAACUCAUAUUUUGAUAAGUGGUAAAAUUCCUCUCCUGUCCCCCCUCUGAUCUUGAGUUCCCUUCCCAUCUCCAUUGGAAAUGGCAUGAGAACUGCUUGAGAAAAACCUGGAGAAGCAAGGGUAAUUUAUGUCAGCAGAGCUGUGUCAAAAUUGCUCUGAUCAAAAGGUGACAGUGCCCCAUAACUGGGUGGGGAUUUACGAUGAAUGAAAGCAAUGCUCCCACCCAGAGCUCUGGCCUGAGCAAACUGGAUUCCAGGCAAACCCCAGAGGGAUUAAAUGAACCCCUUUUCCCCAGGCAGUUUGACCUAUGUGCCAGUUUAUGCUCCCAAAAUGGCUUGGGCAGAUGUAGGGUGAGGAGCCAGUGAUGGUACCUAAUCUCCAAGGACAGGCAGUUGAGCCAGAACCUACCAUGUCACAUCAAGGGAAGUGAGUGGGGAUGGGGAUGGCAUGGAGGAGCUGCUAUUCUCAAAAAUCUUCCCUGUCCCCUCGGGUUUAUUUCAGUCAGGGAGCAUAGUGUGGAAAUGGCAACCCUGGACUCCUAUGGUGGGGAUGGAGGUGAGGGAAGAGUAAGGUGCUUCUGGAUAAGUCUUGACAGCUAUGUAGCUCUGUUGUGAUUAGCUAUAUGAACCAUGAAGUCUGUGGUCACUCUGGCUUUAUUCAGGGAUCUCCCCCAGUCCUCGCCAAACACUCAAACCCCCUCAACUGACUGAGUCCUGACACUGACCUGAGUGUGAAGCUGCCCCAGCAGAAACUGACUCUCUUGUCAGCUAGGGGCCACCACGUCUGGUCCUCCCAAGGAUGGGAUGGAUACCCUUUGCCCUGGGAGAGGAUAGGGCCAUGUCCAGCUGUCCAGCUGUCCAGGUGUUGACAUACAGCGCAGCCCAGAGCCUCUCGGCUUUCCCCCAAUCCCUACCCCCAGGCUGCCCUAGUGGCUGAGCCAGUAUCCUAAGCAUCCUCAGGCUAAAUAAGGAGCCUGCUUGGGUCGGGGGUGUGGGGAAUGGGGUCCCGGGGGGCUUGGGCAACCACACCAAACAAGGCAAGGAGGGGAGUGAAAUAUAAAACCAAGCACAGAGCUGAACACCUGUCUGUGUGCACCCUUACUGAGUCAUCUGGAAGGCUCUGUGCCGCCUGCAACCCAGUCAGUGGACUCAAGUCCAGGUCAACCCCUCCAGGGUGAGUUUGAUUCUCAGAGAAGCUCCAGAUGCUCCCACCCCUGGGAAUGUUCUGAUCAUAUGGGGAAAGGGUCAAAGCUGAGAGCCUCUGUCUCAGCCUGGACCCCCAUGUUUGUUGUCUGCUCUCCAGAUGUCCAAAGCAGCUCCCACCAAAAAACCAGCAGCUUCAGCCCCACCUCCGGAUAUCAAUGACCCCCAGGUGCAGAGCGCUGCUAGCAUUCAGGCCUCUUACAGGGGCCACAGGUCCCGGAAGGAGCUGCGCGAGAAGGGGCCACCGAGGGUGCUGGAGCCGCUGAAGGAUGUGGUGCUGAUAGAGGGUAGCGCGGCCAAGUUGACUUGCCGCAUUUCGGCUUUUCCCGACCCGUUCAUCCGCUGGAGCAAGGACGGCAAAGAGCUGCGCGACGGGCCCAAGUACCGCUAUGUCUUCGAGGACUCUGACGUAGUGGCACUGGUGGUGCGCGAUGGUGAGCUGGCAGACCUGGGCCAGUACAGCAUCAAUGUAACCAAUCCCUUUGGCCAGUGCUCGGACUCCGCGCGCAUCCUCGUGGAAGUCCCCGCGAAGAUUCAAAAGGGACCCGACAACACCAAGGAGCGCAAAGGCACCACGGUGACACUGACCGCGGAGAUUCUGGGCGAGCCAGCGCCCGACGUGGGCUGGACCAAGGACGGGGAGGACAUCGAGGAGGACGACAGGGUGUUCUUUGAGAUUGGCAGUACCACCACGACGCUGACCAUUCGCCGGGCUACGCCCGAGGACAGCGGCAAGUACGAAGUGUACGUAGACAACAGCCUGGGCAUGGACCAGAGCUUCGCCCGCGUGGACGUGGCCUGAAAAAGGCCAUCCGACCUUUCGCCCUGGCUCCAAGCCCAGGGGCAGGUGGGACCGACAACCCCCUUCCAUCUUGUUUAAUAAAGCGGCUCUCUGACCUUCUGUUUUGUAGCGUCGCCAUUCCCUCUUUCCCGCACCCGCGUCCAGACUUAUUCCAGACCCACACACCAAGGUCACAGAAUGUUGGGAGUCAGAGGGAAGUUUGGAGAGUGCCCGGUCCAGUGCUUCACUUACAGAAAGCAAAUCUGAGAUAGGGUUUCUCUCGUCGGAUGCUCCUGUGUUUCCCAGCGAGACGUGCCAUCGAGCCUAGUACUACGCCUUCCCGUCCUUGUGUGCCUGAAGCCCACCUCCUGUAGCAGUUUGCUCCCUGGUCACGCCCCUUUCAAGUCCCCUGCGUCCCCGUCGUCUCCCUUUUCGCUUCUCCCUGUGACCUAGCCAGUGCUCUAUUUCGGCUGCUGCCCCCGGGCCCUUUCCCUGGUAGCUUGGCUUCCAGGCUUAGGUUCCACCCUCAGCUUCUCAGGACCCAUCCUUCUUCUCAUUUGAUCCCUCCCCCUCAAUUACUUGGCUACACCCCCAGGGUUCGCCACCGCUUUCCUUUUCUCUUGUAAA